AUGUCAUCUGCAACCCCGGCUGCGGGUUCUUCUACCGCCUCCCAGUCCGCUGAGAAGGUCGAUACAGAGCUCCGUAAUGUCAUCCAAUCUCUCUACGAAAUCGCGGUCUCAACAUACCGUAAUGAUGCUCCGAACCCCGCCGAGAUUGUUAUCAAUCAGGUUAAAGACCUCGUCACCAAGUUUGAUCAUCUACAAACCGCAGCUCAAGGUGUAAACGAUCUGUGGAUCCCUCGAGAAGUCAUCGGAUAUGUCGAACACGGUCGUAACCCUGAUAUCUAUACCCGUGAAUUCGUCGAAUUGGCAAUAAAACAAAACCAAUACCUCAACGGCAAACAACAUGCCUUCCAGGACUUCCGCGACGUUCUGGCGGAACACAUCAAUACCGCGUUUCCAGAGCUCAGGGGUGACGUCGAUGAAGUUCUAGAAAACACUGGAGGAAGAAGGAACGUAGCUAGGUUACCCGCUAUUGCUUCCACGGGGGAAUCUGGGAAAUCUCCGGCUGGUGAUAGUGCUGGUGCCCCCGCCUCGGCAGCUUCUUCGGUGCCUGUCAAUGGAGUAAUGAAGAUGAGCAUCAGCGGGAGCGGAAGGGACGAGCCAACGCCCACCGCCUGA